CCCCCCAGCUCUCCAGGCACCAUGUCCGGGGCUCCUGCCAGCAAUGGGGUGUUCGUGGUCCUCCCUCCCAGCAGCGCCAGCGGCCUCCGAGCGCCCCCAGCCCUCCUGCCCACCGCCAUGUGCCAGCCACCCGGGAUCAUGCAGUUCCAGGAGCCGCCGCUGGGGGCGCAAGUGUCCCAGGCCUCCCAGCCGCCAGACCUGCGGCCAGUGGGGACUUUCCUGACAGGAGAGCCCAAAGCCUUAGGGACCGUGCAGAUCCUCAUCGGCCUCAUCCACCUGGGCUUCGGAAGCGUGCUGCUCAUGGUCCGUCGCGGCCACGUGGGGAUGCUCUUCAUCGAAGGCGGGGUCCCCUUCUGGGGAGGAGCCUGCUUCAUCAUCUCUGGGUCCCUGUCUGUGGCUGCUGAAAGAACCCACACCAACUGCCUGGUGAGGAGCAGCCUGGGGACCAACAUCCUCAGCGCCAUGGCGGCCUUCGCGGGGACGGCCAUUCUGCUCAUGGACUUCGGCGUCACUAACUGGGACGUGGGCAGGGGCUACCUGGCCGUCCUCACCAUCUUCACCAUCCUGGAGUUCUUCAUCGCCGUCAUCGCCACCCACUUCGGCUGCCAGGCCACCCGCGCCCAGGCCAACGCGCCUGUGAUCUUCCUGCCCAACGCCUUCAGCACAGACUUCAGCAUCCCGAGCCCCACUGCCUCUCCACCCCCCGCCUAUGACAAUGUGGCCUAUGUGCCUAAGGAGUCCUCAGAGUAGAGGGUCACUCGGGCAGCUGACGCUCAGUCCUUCCCC